AUGUACAGCUUCAUGGCAAUGCUGAUCACUACGCUUGGCCCAUCACCCAUCAACAUCAAGAUGGCCACGAUGGCGAAAACAGCUCUGGCAGGCCUGGCACUGCUCCAGCUUGCCACUGGCUACUCCCCCUCAGACAUCCGCACAGAUCCUCUAACCGCAGGUCCACCACUCGAAAUCGUCCACUACUUCGGAGGACAAUGGCCAACAGGAAUAGCAGUAUCCGCCACAGGCAGGAAGUUCGCCUGCUACCCAGCCAGUCUCGACAUCAUGAACACCUACAACGGCCUCAACAACGUCGUGCAAGUCCAAGAAUUGACCGGCAUCGACACAGAAACCCCAUACCCCAACAGAACCUACAACCAAUCCCCAGGCGGCGCGGUCAACAGAUUGUCCUUGCCCGCCGUGACGAAGGGUGACCCUAAUCAUCUCCUUGGCGUACAGUCUGUUGUUAUCGACUCAAGGGACACUCUCUGGAUCCUCGAUACGGGCCGAGUACAAGAUCUCACCAACCUUGCCUCGCCCAUGCUUCCCGCCACAGUGCCCGGUGGCCCCAAACUCAUCAACAUCGACCUAACAACAAACCAAAUCGUCAACACCAUAAUCUUCACCUCCGACCUCGUCAAACCCGCCUCAUACCUCAACGACGUGCGCAUAGACUGCGCCCGCAACGCUGCAUACCUCACCGACUCUUCUCUCGAAGGCGACAAUGCCAUCGUCUACGUCGAUAUCACCACCGGAAAGGGGACCCGCAUGCCUUUCAAAGAAACAAAAGCCAUCUACGGCAGUGUUCCCUUCGUCUACGGCGAGCCAAUGUAUCAAGUAGCGUCCGCGGCGCAAGCGCUCAAGCCCGGGUACAUUACCUUCGGCGCUGAUGGAAUCGCGAUAUCGCCGGAUAUGAACACGCUGUACUUUUCUGUCAUUGGUGGGAGGUUUCUGUACUCUGUGCCUACAGCGGCGUUGAGGGGUGGGGACUUCAAUGCGGCGCAGCGGCAGGUGAAUAAUUUGGGGGAGAAGGGAAUUAGUGAUGGGAUGGAGAGUGAUAGUAAUGGUAUUGUGUAUGCGGGAAAUGUGGAGCAGGAUGCGAUUAGUAUGUAUAACCCUUUGACGACGUUUGCGACGGUGUUCGUCAGGGACCCGAGGAUCAACUGGGUGGAUACCAUGAGCAUUGCCACUGAUUGGUACCUCUACUUUACCGUCAACCAGCUCAACUAUCUAAAUGCUAUAUACCCAGGUCAAGGUCUACCAUUGCUUGACCGGAGGAAGAAGCCUUAUGUGGCUUUCAGGGUCAAGCUGCCGAAUGGUGGACAGAAGAUCUAG